AUGCGAGAAAUAGACGCGCUGGUCUUCGAAUAUCAGCAUGAGAAGCACCGACCACGGGAAUCAGAGGCGUUGCUGAUCCUCCGAAAGGUGGCUUCGCUAGUCAAGCCGAUCAUGCGACGACGAGACUGGAAAGUCGGCACGCUUUGUGAAUUCUACCCGCACCAGAGAAACUUGCUCGGUCUCAACGUCAAUAUGGGCCAAAAGAUUUGUCUAAGAUUACGGUAUCCCUCCGAUCAGAACCAGUUCCUGCCCCUUGAGCAGGUGGUGGAUACUAUGCUUCAUGAGCUCUGUCACAUCGUGCAUGGACCGCAUAACCAGCAGUUUCAUGCGCUUUGGAACCAGCUACGUGAUGAACACGAGGAGCUGGUUAUAAAAGGCUAUACGGGAGAGGGGUUCCUUUCGGAAGGGAGACGUUUAGGGGGGCGAAAAAUGCCCAUCGACGAGGCCCGUCGAGUGGCCAGAGCAGCUGCGGAGCAACGACGAACUCUAUCUGCAGGGUCGGGACGACGUCUCGGUGGUGCGCCUGUGUUGCGCGGAACUGACAUGCGCAGAGUCAUUGCAGAUGCCGCACAGAGACGGACAGAAGUGACGAAUGGCUGCGCCUCGGGUGCCGAGAACAGCGCCGAACUUGCAGAGGAGGCCUUCAGGAAUGGAUUCCGGACCAAGGCGGAGGAAGACGAUGCCAACGAGCGAGCAAUCAUGGAGGCGUAUAUUGAUUUGAUCGAGCAGGAAGAGCGCGAGAGAUACGGCCCUUCUUAUAUUCCCCCAAGCCAUGAGAAUCCCGCUGGUCCUCGAACAACGCUGUCUCCACCGCCUGUCCCAGAGAAUAGCAGGCCGAUAGUGUCCUCGCAGCCCGCAGAUCCUAUUGAUCUAACCUCCGAUGACAGUCUGUACAAUCAACCAUGGUCGUGCCCGACCUGUACGCUCGAGAACCCAGCCGACUUUCUUUGCUGUGACGCAUGUGCAUCGGAGCGGCCGCGGCCCUCGACCACAAGGUCCGUUUCUGGCCCUCCGAGUAUUCCAAAUCCAAAACCGGCGAACAAGAACAAGCGUCCAAUCGGCCAAGUGACGAGCCAAACUGGGUUCAAGAAUCGUACCCGUGCUGUCGAAUCGCUAGCUUCCCUCGAACAGAAUGCGAGCAAGCGACCCCUCGGAUGGUUAUGUGACAGCUGUGGCGCAUUUAUGGAAACCGAGUGGUGGACAUGUUCGAAUUGUGGCUUGAUGAAGCGUGCGUCUUGA